CUCUAUCAAAAAAGCAUCUUCAGCUUGCGGCUUGGGGAUUUUAUUUUCAGUUAUGUUUGUAUAAAAUAUACAUUCGUUGGUUUUUAAGAAUUAAGAUAAACAUUAGAACGAAGUAUUAUCGUUUAGUUUAAAAAAAAUAAGUUCUAAGUUUAGCAAUACGUGAGCAUAACAAACACCGCCAAAAAUGACGAUGGACAUUCGACCCAAUCACACAAUCUACAUAAACAAUUUAAAUGAAAAAAUCAAAAAAGAAGAAUUGAAGAAGUCACUAUAUGCAAUAUUUUCACAGUUUGGACAAAUAUUAGAUAUUGUGGCAUUAAAAACUUUGAAAAUGAGAGGGCAGGCCUUCGUAAUCUUUAAAGAAAUUUCAAGUGCAACUGUAGCUUUAAGGAGUAUGCAAGGAUUCCCGUUCUAUGAUAAACCAAUGAGAAUACAAUACUCGAAAACAGACAGCGAUGUCAUUGCCAAAAUCAAGGGUACAUUCCAAGAGCGGCCGAAGCGUCCCAAGUUACCCAAAGGCCUUGAAGAUGGCAAGAAGAAGAAGAAGGAUGCAAACAGGAAUGCGGUGCCUGGCUUUGGACAACCUGGCUUACUCAAUAAUGUUAAUGUGGAACAGCCACCAAACCAGAUUCUCUUCCUUACAAACCUUCCUGAUGAAACGUCAGAGAUGAUGUUGUCUAUGUUGUUCAACCAAUUCCCUGGUUUCAAAGAAGUCCGUCUUGUGCCCAACAGACAUGACAUUGCAUUUGUUGAAUUUGCAAAUGAAAUGCAGUCUGCAGCAGCGAAGGAGGCCUUACAAGGAUUCAAGAUCACACCCACACAUGCAAUGAAGAUAACAUUCGCUAAGAAAUAGUGUAUUUUAUAUUUAAUAAAGAAUAAUUUAAGUAUU